AUGGCUGCCAUACCGGGCCUGGACAUGUCUAUGCUGACAUACUCUGCUCGACUGGCCACUUUUAACACCGAACAUCAACUCACNAAAAGACGCGCUUCGAACCAAAAGAAGAAACAACCCUCGACCGCGUCCUGGCCUCACGAGUCGCCCUCCGGCGAAGAGGUAAAGGCUCUCUCUCGUAUUACACGAAUCAUUCUGACUUUGACANNGCUCGCUCGCGCUGGCUUCUUCUUCAAACCCGCUCCCGACAGCGACGACAAUGUCCAAUGUUUCCACUGCGCCGUAAAACUCGACGGAUGGGAGAGCCAGGAUGUCCCCCUCCAGGAGCAUCUGGCCCACUCGGCGCAUUGCUCUUAUGCCCUCAGUCUGUCUGUCUCGGACAAGGGCGAAGAACGCGACCCCAUGAGCCCCGAAUUGGUCGAAGCCCGUACAAGCACAUUUGGCGACAUGUGGCCCCACGAACACAAGAAAGGAUGGAAGCCCAAGGUCAAACAGAUGGUUGAGGCAGGUUGGGCAUACGACCCCUCGCCAGCAGACGAGGAUGGCGCCACCUGUUUCUACUGCAACAUGUCACUGGAUGGAUGGGAGCCCAAGGAUAGCCCACUCGAGGAGCACCGCCGUAGAGAGCCUAGCUGCCUCUUCUUUGCCCUGAUGGACCGUUACAAGUCUACAAGACGCAAAGGUGGGCGUGGUCGUGCAUCUACUGCCUCGAGAGCUUCUCGCCUGUCUACCCAAUCCGUACAAUCGACCUUCUCUGAGGCUCCUUCACUAAUGUCCUUGGGUGACACAGGUCCCCAACUCGAAGUCGAAGAUAGCAUUGCCCUCGAUACAACCAUCUCUUCUGACGCCGGCAAGGGUCGCAAGAAGGCCCCCAAGGGAAAGAAGAAGACAACCCGCCAGGAAUCAGUCGAGCCCUCUAUCCAAUACCCGACCCUGCAAGAAACUUCGCAAGUUGAGGAAGACAUAUACGCUGUGCCUGAUGAACCCGAGCCUGUGUCCGUCGUAGAACAACCCAAGCCCAAGCGCGGUCGCAAACCCAAAAACGCCCAAGAAUCAACCAUUAUAGACGACUCCAUGGCCGAGCCUGUACCAAAGCCUACGAGAGGCCGCAAGAAAGCAAAGGAGCCUUCUCCGCCUCUAGAAACCAGCUUGGACGAAAGUCAGUUGCAGUCUGAAUUGCAGGAAGCUGCCGAAGUCGCUGUUGUCGCACAGAGUCCUCCAGCAAAAUCUGGACGAGGUACCAAGAGAACGAGUGAUGGACUCGAAAAAGCCCCGCUUAACCAAGAUGAGGUGAUUGAUGAGGAGCCGACCAAGCCCAAGAAAGCCACGAAAUCUACAAAAUCAAAGAAGACCAAGAAGACGGCCAAAGAUACUCAGGAAGAAGCAGAAGAAUCCGUCGCAAUCUCACAACCAGAGGAAAAGCCGAAACGAACAAGGUCUAAGAAGACCAAGAAGAUCGAGCCCGAACCCGAGCCAGAGGUANNGAGCCUGAAACCGUUACCGAGCAGGCGAUCGAGGUACAAACAGAACUGGCUCAUCCCGCUGAAACUGAGAAACAGCUGGAACCCGAACAGGAAGCAUUCGAAAGGAACUUCGAGAUCGCCGAUAGUGACGCCGAACUCGACAAUGAUUUGCACGACGAAGCGCAACAACAGCUACAAGAGCAAGAGAUUNGAUCAAGAAAAUGUUGAUCCAAGUGCAGAGGCCGACAUUGAUAUGGAACCAGAAAACGAACAGUCUCUUGAAAACCACGAGCAACAAAAUGCGGAUGCACUUGACGACGAGUUCAACAAUCUUGAGAACGUCGAAAUUGAAGAAGAAGUCGUGGUUCAAACGGAGGACAACGAGGUAGAUCAAGAGGAAGAACAACCCGCACAGACUCCUGCUGCUGAAGAAUUCGAGCCCACACCAACACCCGAAGUCAAACGUGUUUCUGCAGCCUCUAUGUCUUCCGUCAGGAGGUCUGUUAUACAACGAGCCGACUCGGAGGAGGUCGAAGAAUCGGCCCAUUCGACACCACGUAGUGCGAGGAGCUCACAACAAUCAGAUGCCGAGAACCAACCACCGUCUUCGUUAUCACACGCUCCAGCUACAGCCCAGAAGGAUGUUCCUGCUCUGAGUGCAGCGAACUCGGCUAUUCAACCCAAGGAGAUAUUUGCAAGCCCUACCAAGACUACUCGAGUGCCUCUUGCUGCAUCUACACCCAAUCGCUCCCCGACGAGACGAUCGCCCUCAAAGUUCGGCAGACUCACUUCAACAACUCCCUGGGAAGCCGUUGAUCUCGAUUCGAUCUUCUUCCCUGAUUCGGAGAAUGAGAAUGGAGAUGCAGAUGAUGUGUUCAACAAGCUGCUCGAGGUUGGUGGUGCACUUACUUCACCAGAGAAGAAGAUGACGGUCGAGGAGUGGAUUCGAUCACGCGCAGAAUUGGGAGAGAACAAGCUCAAGAACGAGUGUGAGCGCAUGGUAAUGCUGUUUGANAAAGAGGGUAACAGAGGUCUGGCAGCCCUGAACGGCAUUCAGACCUCAUCAUAA